CCGGGGGCGGUGCUAGCGGCCCAGCUCGGCGCGGCCACCUCGGCCCGGGGGGGGGGUCUGCGGCUGUUCAGUCUGAGUUUUCUUCUCCGCUGGGUGGUUGGUGCCGCCGCUCCUUGGAGGCGUCAUGAAGUCCCCGGUUCCGGACCUGGCCCCGAGCGACGGCGAGGAGGGCGAGGACCGCACGCCUCUCUUGCAGCGCGCCCCGCGGGCGGAAACCGCUCCAGUGUGCUGCUCUGCUCGUUACAACCUAGCAUUUUUGGCCUUCUUUGGUUUCUUCGUCCUCUAUUCGUUACGGGUGAACCUGAGUGUGGCAUUAGUGGAUAUGGUGGAUUCCAACACAACUGCAGCAGAGAAUAGAACUGCCAACGAGUGUUCAGAGCAUGCAGCUCCCAUAAAAGUUCUUCACAACCGAACGGGUAAAAAGUACCGAUGGGAUGCAGAAACUCAAGGAUGGAUUCUCGGGUCUUUUUUUUAUGGCUACAUCAUCACGCAGAUCCCUGCAGGAUAUGUUGCCAGCAGAAGUGGGGGAAAACUGCUGCUGGGAUUUGGGAUCCUCGGCACCUCUGUCUUCACCCUGUUCACUCCCCUCGCUGCAGAUUUCGGAGUUGGAGCCCUCGUCGCACUCAGGGCUCUAGAAGGACUAGGAGAGGGUGUCACAUUUCCAGCCAUGCAUGCCAUGUGGUCUUCCUGGGCUCCUCCUCUUGAAAGAAGCAAGCUUCUCAGCAUUUCAUAUGCAGGAGCACAGCUUGGGACAGUAGUUUCGCUUCCUCUUUCUGGAAUAAUUUGCUUCUAUAUGAAUUGGACUUACGUCUUCUACCUCUUUGGUAUAGUUGGAAUCAUUUGGUUUAUUUUAUGGAUCUGGUUAGUUAGUGAUACACCAGAAACUCACAAGACAAUCUCCCCCUAUGAAAAGGAAUACAUUCUUUCAUCAUUAAGAAAUCAGCUCUCUUCACAGAAGUCAGUGCCAUGGACACCUAUGCUGAAAUCACUAGCACUUUGGGCUAUUGUAGUUGCACAUUUUUCUUACAACUGGACUUUUUAUACUUUAUUGACCUUAUUGCCUACUUACAUGAAGGAGGUCCUAAGGUUCAAUAUUCAAGAGAAUGGGUUUUUAUCUGCAGUUCCUUAUUUAGGCUGUUGGUUAUGUAUGAUCCUGUCUGGUCAGGCCGCUGACAAUUUAAGGGCAAAAUGGAAUUUUUCAACUCUAUGUGUUCGAAGAGUUUUUAGCCUUAUAGGAAUGAUUGGACCUGCAGUAUUCCUGGUAGCCGCCGGAUUUAUAGGUUGCGAUUAUUCUUUGGCUGUUGCGUUCCUAACCAUAUCAACAACACUGGGGGGCUUCUGCUCUUCUGGAUUCAGCAUCAACCAUCUGGACAUUGCUCCUUCGUAUGCUGGUAUCCUCCUGGGCAUCACAAAUACAUUUGCCACUAUACCUGGAAUGAUCGGGCCCAUCAUUGCUAGAAGUCUGACCCCUGAGGGAGCAUUGUGGCAACACAGGAACCUAACUGACUACAAACAAAAUCCUUUUCCAUUUGCAUCGUUUUCUUUCUCUCUCUGCAGAACACUGUUGGAGAAUGGCAGACUGUUUUCUGCGUUGCUGCUGCUAUCAACGUAUUUGGUGCCAUUUUCUUCACACUGUUCACCAAAGGUGAAGUACAGAACUGGGCUGUUAGGGAUCACCGUGGACACAGAAACUGAAGGAACCAAUAAAUGAUCCUGUCUCAGUGUAUUUUUGUUUAUCAUGUAACCUAACAGUGCCUUUGGUAUUUUAAUGUGUAAGCAAUCUAUAUACAAGAAAAAAAAUUGUACUGUAUUAAAUUUUUAAGGCUUGUAAUCAUGAAAUGUCACUAGUUGCCAGAUUCGUAAAAUUAGCUGUUUUUAAUGAUUCAUAACACAUUUGCUGGAACUUACCAUUCAGGGUCACAUACCUGGCUGCAAGUCAGGCAAUCUGAAAUAGGGGAGUUCUAUUUAUUUUUAAGACCACACUGAAAGGGAUGAGCAGAAAUGGACCCCCUCUAUACCUCUGCUUAAGCUGGAUAAUAAUUCUCAGGUCUUGGUAAACACCUUUUUUUUGUACCCUUUCCUCAAAAAAUGAUUUGUCCUCAACAUUCCCUGACACUUAGAUCUCAAACUCCAGCAUCUCCACGGAGCCGCCAGCCACUGUAUCAUUCUGCCUGGCAGCUUCACUGAGGGAAGCACGCCCAGGCAGCUGCCAGGCAUUCCCUCUCUGGCUUGACCAGGGUCAGCGCCAAGGCUUUGGAUGGUGUCGUUCCCCCGGGGCUGUUAACGAGCGGAUGAAGCCCUGAGCCGGCAGGGACAUUGCGGUCCUCAGCCAUGGCUUCCGUGCCCCUCUCCCUUCCCUUCCCAGCACGCUGGAAUAUGACCGGCAUGUAACCUGCAAAAGAAAGUAUGAUGCCCAGUUUAGCCACAAGUAACAUCAUCCCACCUUCACGUGGAUCAGACUAUAAAUUUUCAAGCCCUGCGUUCUAUGAGCUCCACCAGGAUAAUUAAAUUUUUAAAAAGCACCCUCACAUGUUUCCUCUCUCUCUUAACGCGUGUCUGGUCGCAGCUCAAGGUUAGGGUGACUCUUACUUCCGCAGCACCUGCAACCAGUGGGGUGACCAUCUUUACUGCUGGUUUCUGAAAGCUCAUUUUGCCAAUUUUUCCUGGGCCAUCUUCCAGUGGUUUUUGAGCGUGCUUUGAGGGCAUUUAUGUGGUUUAGAACUUGAUUUAUGUUUUGUUGUGUAUGUUCAACACUACCUGUAACAUCUGAACUAAAGCUAUUUAAUGUAAUAUGAUGUGUAUACAUUUCUGUAAAUUUAUUUUUAAAUCUGUAAAUAACUUUAAGUUGCUAUGGUGAUUUUUCUUUUAUAAAUUAUCAAAAUAAACCUUUUUGGAUUGA